GUUUCAGUUUAAGUGCAACCAAUGAAGUGGUUUCUGUUCUUUCUAUUUGUCAUUCUUCUGAGCGCUGAGACUCUUGAAGCUAAGAGAAAAAAGAAGAAAAAGACUCGGAAGCCUACUGCAGUAAAUAUCGGAAUUAGACCUCAUCCAUGGGAGAUUGCGCAUCAAAAUCUUGCGGCUGGACUG